AUUUGUUCGUUAAGGUUAUUCACAAAUAUUUAAACUUUAUUUUAUUAAACUUUUAUAUGUAGUUCAAUAAUAUAGUUAUAUAAAUAUAUGCAAGAUUAAAUGGGAGCUAAGGAAUCAAGAAUUUUAUUUUUAAAAUUUGAAGAUGCACAAGAAAGAGUUUCUCAUGAAGAGCUUCAACGUAUUGAAAACUCUUUUAAGAGAAUUGCUGGGAGCAACAGUUUUAUAUCAAAGCAGGUGUUUUGCAGUGAUGUUUUAGGAGACUCAGUUCCAAUUAGGUUAGCAGAGCAGAUUUACCUGGUUUGUGGUGGUACAUCAAAGGGUAUAAGUUAUCGAGAUGUCAUGUUAAUAUUGGUUCUAAUAACUAAAGGCACUGUUGAUGAAAAAGUUAAAUUUAUAUUUUCAUUGAUGUCUAUGGAUGGUGUAACAGUUACGCAAGAAGACAUGGAAAAUUUUUAUUCUGCUUGUGAUGGAGGUUGUAUGUUAGCAUCAACCAUUAGAAAUGCUUUCGUGCUGCAUGAAAAGUUAUUUUACAAUGAUUUUCAUGAAUGGUUAUUGGCAAAUGUGGAUUUUUGCUCUGUGACACGGUGGCUUUUAGAAGAGCAACUUGGGGAGCAUGGGGUUAAACUUUCUAGUACAAAUGAUGUUCCUUCAUUUUAUAAAUGUUUAGCAAAUAUUUCAAUGUUGAGUGAGUCAGACAUAGUUGAAAUUGAAAAACGUUAUUGGCAAAUGAAAAGCUGUUCUAAAAGUGGUUAUUUUGAUUUUGAUACCUUCAAACUGUUUGUAUCUCCACCAUUUCCCGAUCUUCAUUGUCAAAGUUUUUUUAACUAUUUCGAUCUUAACAAUGAUCAAGUUAUUGAUUUAAAAGAAAUGAUUUGUGGUAUAUCAACAUUAUGUAGAGGUUCAACUACCAAAAGGCUCAAAGCUUCUUUUGCAAUCUUUGACAUAAAUCUUGAUAACAAUUUAUGCAAUGAAGAGUUAAACAACAUGGUGUCAACACUCCAUGAGAUUUAUUUAAAGUGUCCUGGCGAUACCUCUAUUGCUAAAGAAGAAAUUAUACAAGGAUUAGUACCUAAUGAGGAAAAUAAAGUUACAUUUGAUCAAUUUCGAAUAUGGGCAUCAACAAGUUCACAUAUUCAUGAAUUCUUGCUGUUGAUAUUUCAGAUUUGUCAUAUUUCAUUUGGAUUGCGUCCAGCGUUAAAGGAAGAGGAGGGUUUGAUAGUAGGUCGUUGGUUGGAGCGGGAUACAAAGGAAGGACUUAAUCCCAGCUCACUUUAUUAUAUUGUUUCAAUGGAUUGGUGGAAGACUUGGAUGAAUUAUGUAAAAUAUGAGGAUAUUGUUUCGCCUGAAAUAGGUCCUCAAAAAUCUCCGGAAAAGCUUCACGAAAGUAAAUUAAGUCUAUCAUCUUCUAAUUCAAGUAUAUCCGGUGAAAGCUCUGCAAACAAAUUACCUGCAAAGAGUUUAACAUUGCAUGGGAAUUUAUCUAAAGAAAUAGUUGUAAAACCAGGAUGUAUUGACAACCAUCAACUUUUAGUUCCAAAUGAUGGUAGAAAAUUAGUAGUGUUAACCGGUGAAGGUGGAAAAUUGAAAUCCAAUCAACUGCUUAUAUUAGGAACACAUUAUGAAGUUGUAUCGGAACCAGUAUGGAAAGCUUUAUUGUCUUGGUAUGGAGCAAAUGUUGCAUUACCAAGAACUGUUCUAAAAAUACCAGGCUCCAAAGAAGCUGUUCUUGAGCUCUAUCCCAUUCAAGUGUUUCUUUAUAGGCAUAUGCAACCGGCAAAACAUUCAGUUUUUUAUAAUUCGGUUAAUAUUAAUCAUCUUAUAAGUAUGGUCUCUGGAAACAAUGAUCAUAGUAAUACAAGCCUGGAGUCAACUGUAAUACCAAGAAGAUAUCUGGCAUAUACAGCUUCAUUUAGUCGCAAAAAUACUUUAAAACAGAUCUUAGAAUUUAUAAGCUUAAAGAUGAAAGUAAACCUAAAUGAUUUGCGCUUGUGGAAAAUGCAGGAGAAAAGUCUAAUUCUUUUGGAAGAAGAAGAUAAAUCGGUUGAAGAUUUAGAACUCAAAGAUGGAAGUCAUCUUCUUAUUGAAAUUCGAAAUCAAGACCUAAGUUGGCCGGAAGAAAUGAAUGUUGUAGUUGCAACGCGAAAUUUUAAAGAGCGUUCUUAUACAGGUUUACUUGAAAAAGGGGCAACUGGUCUUCACAAUCUUGGCAACACUUGUUUUAUGAAUUCUGCAAUUCAAUGUCUCAGUAACACAAAUCCAUUAACUAAAUACUUUCUAUCAAAAUUUUUUUUAUAUGAGCUUAACAAAACAAAUCGAUUAGGCAUGAAAGGUGUGUUAGCAAAGAAGUAUGGUGACCUCACAGCUGAUCUAUGGAGCGGCUUUUAUAGGAGUAUAGCCCCAGUUAAACUACGUUUUACAAUAGGAAAAUAUGCACCUUGCUUCAAUGGUUUCCAACAGCACGACUCACAGGAGUUGCUUUCUUUUUUGCUUGAUGGACUGCAUGAAGAUCUUAAUAGAGUUCAUGACAAACCUUACGUUGAGUUAAAAGAUAGCAAUGGAAGACCAGAUGAUGAAGUUGCUUAUGAAGCAUGGCAAAAUCAUAUAAAACGAAAUCAAUCUAUUGUUGUGGAUUUGUUCCAAGGACAACUGAAAUCCCAAGUACGUUGUUUACAUUGCCAGCAUAUAAGUGUACGUUUUGAUCCAUUUAUAUUUCUUUCAUUGCCUCUUCCUCUAGAAAGUUUGAUUCAUCUUCAAAUUCCAGUAUUUUUAUCAAAUCACAAAACAGUGUUAAAGUAUGGUUUACUUUUAUCAUAUGAUGCAACUAUUGCUAUGGCUAGAAAAGAAUUAGCCAAACUUUGCAAUGUAGAAAGCUUGCUGCUUGUUGAAAUAAUUGGAGGGAAAGUUCAAAAUAUCCUCUAUGAGUUUCAGAAAGUUAGUUCAAUACUUGCUGAAAAUAUAUAUGCAUAUGAAAUUGAUGAUUUUACCAUAACCUAUUUACAUAAAAUUUCUGAACCAAUGAAUGUAAACAUUAAAGAGUGCAUAAAAAGUGUAAACCAUAGCUCAGCAGGUUCUACUGCAAUUUCUUCAGAUUUAAUAGAUACAAAAAAGAAAUUAUUAAAGAAUGUAAAACCAAAACUUUUUAUAAGUAAAGAAAAGGUUUAUCCUACACACGAAAGUGUUUGCAAUAAUGAAAAAAAUAAUGAAUAUAACUUUUAUAAAACAUUUGAUGUUCAAAAUAAAGACUUUUAUCAUUCUGUCAAUGGUUUAGAUCAAAAUAUAGUUAAUGAUUUCGAUCAUACAUCAGAUUUAAAUCAUACAAAAACCACCGAUCACCAAAACCAUGCAACCGAUCACCAAAACCAUGCCACCGAUCACCAAAACCAUGCCACCGAUCACCAAAACCAUGCCACCGAUCACCAAAACCAUGCCACCGAUCUUAGCAUUCAUCUUCCAGAUGAAAUAAAAGGAACAAUAAACACAACUCCUGUUCACAAAAUAAGUUCAAGUUUGGAAGUAGCGAAUGAUUGUACUCAUACUUUGGUUAUAGCUAUGAAUAGAAAAAUGAUUCAGUCCAAUUCAUAUUUUGUUUCAUGGCAAAAGUAUCGUCCAAUUACUUUUGGUAUACCUGUUGUGUUUGCUUGUUCCAAGAAUAUGACUAAUCAAGAUCUAUAUGAUUGUAUUUUACUGCAUGUCUCACGUUAUAUAAAUGGAAUUGUUUUUAAAAAAGGUGAAUAUCCAUUUGAAAUAAAAGUUGUUAAUAAAGAUUGUAGUUUCUGCUCUUUGUGUCCCUGGUACAAAUUUUGCCGUGGUUGUGUGAUUCAAUGUGAUUCUCAUCGAUUUGCUUAUACAAGUUCUUACCUAGCAAUUGAUUGGGAUUCUAUGAUUCUUCACUUGUAUUACCAAUAUUCAAAAGAAAAGCAGUUUGAUGAUCAUAUAAGCAUUGGAGAGAGUUUUGCUCAGCUUCACAAAACUGUAUCGCUUGACACCUGUUUGAAAAAUUUUACUGAAGAAGAAGAAUUAGGAGAUGAUGAAACAUGGUAUUGCUCAAAAUGUAACAUGCAUCGUAAAAUUGCAAAAAAAUUUGAUAUAUGGAAAUUACCUCCUAUUUUAGUUAUACAUCUUAAACGUUUUCAUAUGAUAAACAAUCAAUGGGUAAAAUCAAAUAAGCAUGUGCGUUUCCCAUUUGAUUCAUUUAAUCCAUCGGUUUAUAUGACUAAAAUCAAGAAAAGCUUGAGUUCAAAUAUGUCAUGUAAAGAAACGCAUGAUGAUUCUCCUUGCCUAUCGGUAACUGAUAUUAAAAGGUUUGAGGAAACGAAUGGCUCAUUAACUUCAGACAUAAAUUAUCAAAUCUGUGGUUCAAGUGAAGAAAACAGCUACAAUGGUUCAAGUAAAGAAAACAGCUACAAUCUUUAUGCAAUAUCUUGCCAUUCAGGAAUAUUAAACGGUGGUCAUUAUGUUACAUAUGCAAAAAAUCCAAAUGGGAAAUGGUAUUAUUAUAAUGACAGCUCCUGUAAGGAAGUUAAUCCUAGUGUGUUGAGUAAUGAAAUACCAUAUAUGUUGUUUUAUGAGAGGCAAAAUCUCGAUAUUUUAUCAUAUAUGCCAGAUAUUGAAGGUAAACAACCCGUUGAUGUUCAGAUAGAAGAAGAUGAAUUUGAAAGAGAAGCAAAAAAACACUGUUCAAUUAUGUGAAUCAGUGAUUUCUGCAUUUUCUUGUCUAUAUAUCACACAAUCGUUCGCAUACUUUAGUAGCGUUUCAUACGUUCGCAUACUUUAGUAGUGUUUCAUACUUUCGCAUACUUUAGUAGCGUUUCAUAAAUUUAAACUGCGCCUUUUUCUAGUUUCUAAUUUAUGCUCCUUUAAAAUAAAAUCAGCUAUUUUAAAUUUAUUUUUAGAACUAUUUUUGUCUACAGAUUUGAUAAUAAUUUUAU